AUGCGCCACAAAGAUGAGUUGUUUACUCUUGCGCUACAACACGAUCCAUAUAUUGAGGGGUUAGAGGAAUUCAUAGUCCAUCCUAAAGAUAUUAAUGAUUUGAUUGUUGGAUAUAAGUGGUUGGACUUAGGGCUAAUACAAGAUUGUGGCACAGAGGGUGAUGGUGUGUAUACUGUGGCAUCAAGUUAUGAGGCGUGUGUCAAAGUUCUAGUUGAGUCUUCGGAUCUGCAGCUUGACAUGGCAGCGAUGAAUUUAAUUUGGGAAACGUUUGUUCCGUCAAAAAUCCAUGUUUUCGGAUGGAGGGCGCUGCGAAAUAGACUCCCGUCGAGGGAACAAUUAGCUGCGCGUGGCAUAAUUACGGAGGAGAGUGAUAUGGUUUGCGUGUUCUGCUUCAAUGACAUCGAAUCUUUGAAUCACUUGUUUGUGGGAUGCUGUGAGGCUAGGAAUGUGUGGCAGAAAAUAGCAAGUUGGUUGGGGAUUGAAGUGGGAAAUGCUGAUGAUGUGGUCGAACAUAUGUUCUAUUUUGAGGAAAGCAUUAAAGGGUUGGUGAGCAAAAGGAAGAGGCUUCUGGUUUGGUUGGCAGCAGUGUGGGCCUUGUGGUGGAUGAGGAAUGAGAUAAUCUUUAAUGAGCAAGAAUAUCAUGAGGAUGAAGUAGUGCAUAAAACAAUUUCUCUAGCAUGGUUGUGGAAUAUGAUAGGCGUAAAGUCCGACACUGUUUCUAAUUUUUAUUUGUGGAGUUAUUGUCCGGUUCAAUUCUUAAACGGUUGA